ACGGUGGAUCAGUUAGUUCACGGUUGCUCGUUGCAUCGUUCAUUCUAUCUCCCUACACUGUUUGUACUUGGUGCGCAAUAUGUGCGUGCCCUUGUCAAAAAUUAAUCAAAAAUUAAUCAAAAAUAUACAUAUGAAGUAAACAGCAACACGACUAACAGAAGAAAUAUGUUGUGAUGAACCAUAACGCUCUUCUCUCGUGAAUCGCCGCAUUGUCAAACCAAAAAAAAAAAAGCGUCUACCUAUUCGGAUGAUUCAAGAAAACAUUCCUCGGAUGCUGUGUCUGGACAAACAGCCAAUGCGUGAUGAUGCUACGACGAUAAAAUAAGAUCUCUUCAAGGAGCGAGAUCGUGGACGAAACCGCGAGCAGAUUCUGUCAGUGAACUUUCAGUUGUCAAGUCGCCCGUUCUUCAUGAACGCGGGAAAACAUGCUAUCAAGAGUUAAUCUGGUUGCGAUUUUGCUGAUCUUGAAUUGUGUCAGCCGCGCGAUGGAGUACUCGAGAUCGUUGCGGGAGAAUCGGCAAGAUGAAGAGGAGAGAGCCGUCACUUCCAGCAGGAGGAUCCUCAGGUACACGUACAACAAUGUCACGUCGGAAAGUCCUAUUUUUUCAACCGACGAUCGCGUCGCCAGAGACACGCUGGCCGAGAUGCACGUUCAGGACGUUCAUAGUGCACAGUCUAGGAGCGAAGUGGAGGCACGAGUUUCAGAUGAAGCAAGACGGAGACGGAGAAUGAAUAUAAUGUUGCCGUUACUACUAGCGUACAAGCUCAAAUUCAUUAGCCUGAUACCAACGAUAAUCGGUGGUCUGUUCCUCCUCAAAGGAACAACGCUUCUCGCGGGAUUUUUCUUCGCUCUAUUCGCCGCAGUUUUAGGAUUGAAAGUACACUGACAGCGAAGUUCGAUUUUUG